AUGAAUCAGAGAGGUAUGAGUUAUUUACAACUAUUUCUUCUUUUAACUUUUUCCGAUAACUCACUGGACGGUGUCGUAAAGAUUGUCAAUAUGUGUCCGUUGGACGAUGAAUUGAAAGAGAUUUUGGAGGCCGAAUUUUCUGAUCCAAAGCCAGAUUAGACACCGUUUACCAAAGACUAUGUUCCCUGUCGAGUGCUCCUUUUCGGUUCCGUAGCACUGGGCUUAGGAUCCCAGUCCUCAGAUAUGGAUGCUGUUCUGCUGGUUCCACGAUUUAUGGAUCGUGAUGAUUAUUUUUCCUCAUUCCUUGAUCUGCUUCAGAAUCACAAGAAAAUAAGUGACAUUUUGGCUAUCACGGAAACCCUCGUUCCUCUAAUUCGAAUGCGCAUUAACGGCAUACAAGUGGAUUUGUCCCUGAGUAUUUUCGGUUCCCCAGGAAUUCCACUUGCCUUGGAUUUAGACAUGCCCCCAAGUGAUCUGUAUUGUAACAUGGAUUCAACCUCAAUACAUAGCCUGUCGGGUGCUGUACUAGCGUACAUCUUUCGACAAUAUCUAGAUCAGGACCCCAAUUAUCAUUGGUUACUGCGAGCCAUUCGUAGAUGGAUUCGUGCCCGGAAUAUCAGCGGUUAUAUUUUCGGUUUCCCUCCAACCGUGUCAUGGACGGUUUUGGUCAUAUAUCUGUGCAAACAAAUCACAAACAGUUCGUCGUUCAUAUGCGAUGCGUCUGUGAAGGAGGCGUCACUAGAAGUUGUUUUUUAUGGUCUCAGCAUAUACCCCGAUCAAUUGCAGUUCCCGGAUCAAGAAAAAGAUGAGUUCUACUAUAAACUCACCGAACUCAUUCGGUUGAGUCGAAGCUCUGAUAUAGUUUUGCUUGCACAGGUUGGAAAACUGAGAUCCACUGACCAAGAUUCUGGACGUCAUCGAUUUUUCCGACAAGUGAGCGAAUAUUACCCGAACAAAGGGACGGAAUGA